AUGUCGGAACGGAAAAUUAUAAACAAAUACUACCCACCUGACUUCGACCCAUCAAAAAUCCCGAAACUCAAGCUACCCAAGAACCGGCAGUACAUGGUUCGAAUGAUGGCCCCCUUCACCAUGAGGUGUAAGACAUGUGGAGAAUACAUCUACAAGGGGAAGAAGUUCAAUGCACGCAAGGAAAUUGUCAAAAAAGAGGCAUACCUGGACCUGCCUGUCUUCCGUUUCUAUAUCAAGUGCACGCGCUGCUUGGCAGAGAUAACCUUUAAGACAGACCCUGGGAGCACGAACUACACCAUGGAGCAUGGAGCCACGCGCAAUUUACACGCCGAGAAGCUCCUGGAGGAGGAGGAAAAGCGUGUGCAAAAGGAGUUGCACAACCCCAUGAAAGUCCUAGAGAACCGCACAAAAGACAGGAAGCUGGAGAUGGAGGUUCUGGAAAACCUGAGGGAGCUGAAGAACCUGAACCAGAGGCAGGCACACGUGGACUUUGAGGCCAUGCUGCUGCAGCACCGCCUGUCGCAGGAACAGCAGCGAAGGCAGGAGGAGGAGGAAGAUGAGCGUGAGAUUGCAGCCUUGCUGGAGGAGGCUCGCCACCGCAGGCUUCUGGAGGAUUCUGACUCAGAAGAUGAAGCUCCUCCUUCCCGACCAAGCUCAGCAGGAAAACUCAACCCCACAGCCAUCCUGGUCGAGUCACCGAAGGCCAAGAGGAAGGCAGAGGCAGUGCGCAGCAGGGCACAGCUGGCCGGAUUGGUGGUGCCAAAGAAGGUGAAGGGGGAAGCCAACAGGGGCUCAGAGCAGCUCCAGAUGCCUGCCGUGGGUGCCCCCGAGAGCAGGAAGACAGCCAACCUUGCACCCCAGACACCCGGGACCUCCUCCCUGAGCCAGCUGUGUGCAUAUGGGGACAGCGAGGACAGUGACUGCUGA